AUACAUGGAAUUUCGGAGCAGCAAUUAAAGGAUACCUAUAUAUAUCGAUAAAAAGAAAAAAUAGAAAAUUAGUAGAGUACAUCAUUUAGAAAGAAAAUGAUUAGAAUACAAAUACAGUAAAAAAUAUAAUUCUGUAAUAACACUAAUGUCUACAUUCUCCGAAUCAAAUCACCACCACAACACCACUUCUUCCGAUGGCGUUUCACAGCGAGUCAACAGUCCACGUUUCUCUGGUCCCAUGACUCGCCGUGCUCACUCUUUCAAACGCAACAACACUCACAACGCCGCCGCCAAUAACGCUGUUGGUGGCGGCGGCGGUGCUCUCAGUACUCAUAGUGAGGUUGAGCUUCAAAAAGGGUUGGAGCCUGCUUUGGAAAGGAAGCAUGGUCAUCACCAUCAUCUUCAUCCCCAUGUUUCUCAGAGAGUUCAUGGUGGAGUUGUGAAGGCUUUUCUUAAGAGACCGCUUGAAUCUAUUGUUGAUGAUUUGGGGUUUAGGGAAAGGAAAAAGAUUGGACAUUGGAUGUUUUUGGUUUUUUGUGGUGUAUGUUUGUUUAUGGGUGUUCUUAAAAUUUGUGCUACUGGUUGGCUUGGAUCUGCCAUAGAAAAAGCUCAAUCUUCUAAGGAACUAUCUGACUCCAAUGGUAUUGAUAAUCUAAAUCUAAUGGACCAAAGCUCCCUUGGUUAUGCAUAUAGGAGCGGAGCAGGUGAUGUCGAACGGACUCUAAAGACGGUACAAACAAGAGUAGGUAGCAGCCACACUCUUAAAGAAUCAGAUGUCUGGUCUAAACCCAACAGUGAAAAUUUCACCCAAUGCAUAGAUCUUCCUAGAAAUCAUAAAAAACUUGAUACAAAGACCAAUGGAUAUAUUCUUAUAAAUGCUAAUGGUGGCCUGAAUCAGAUGAGGUUUGGGAUAUGUGAUAUGGUUGCUGUUGCGAAGAUUAUGAAGGCAACACUUGUUCUUCCUUCUCUUGAUCAUACCUCGUACUGGGCUGAUCAGAGUGGCUUUAAGGAUUUGUUUGACUGGAAGCAUUUUAUUGAUACACUGAAGGAUGAUAUCCACAUAGUCGAGACAUUACCACCCGCCUAUCCCGGAAUCGAGCCUUUCUCAAAAACUCCAAUAUCUUGGUCUAAGGUUCCUUAUUACAAGACUGAGAUUCUUCCGCUCCUAAAUCAUCACAAAGUGAUCUAUUUCACUCAUACUGAUUCCCGACUUGCUAACAAUGGCAUUCCAAAAUCCAUACAGAAACUAAGAUGCCGUGUAAAUUAUAGAGCAUUGAGAUAUUCAGCUCCAAUUGAAGAAUUCGGAAACAUAUUGGUAUCUAGAAUGCAGCAGAAUGGAAAUCCUUAUCUUGCCCUUCAUUUAAGAUAUGAGAAGGAUAUGCUUGCAUUUACUGGCUGCAGUCAUAAUUUGACUGCAGAAGAAGACGAAGAACUGAGACGGAUGCGAUAUGAAGUCAGUCACUGGAAGGAAAAAGAGAUUAAUGGGACCGAAAGGAGAUUGCUCGGAGGUUGUCCCUUAACUCCGAGGGAAACUUCUCUACUACUUAGAGCACUUGGUUUUCCAUCACAAACCAGGAUUUACUUGGUAGCUGGAGAAGCAUAUGGAAGAGGAAGUAUGAAAUAUCUCAAGGAUGAUUUCCCAAACAUUUUCUCUCAUUCCUCUCUGUCUUCCGAAGAAGAGCUGAAUCCUUUCAAGAAUCAUCAAAAUAUGUUGGCUGGUAUUGACUACGUCGUUGCCCUUCAGAGUGAUGUAUUUCUUUACACUUACGAUGGAAAUAUGGCGAAGGCUGUACAAGGUCAUAGACGCUUCGAACACUUCAAAAAGACCAUCAAUCCAGACAAGAUGAAUUUUGUUAAACUCGUCGAUCAGUUGGAUGAAGGAAACAUUUCUUGGAAAAAGUUCAGCUCCAAGGUAAAGAAGCUUCAUAAAGACCGCGUCGGUGCUCCAUAUCUAAGGGAGCCAGGUGAAUUUCCAAAGCUGGAGGAAAGCUUUUAUGCAAAUCCUCUACCAGGAUGUAUUUGUGAAACAAGAAAGGAGUAGAUACAUUACUCGGUCACAGUUCACGGCUCUCUUUCUUGUGAUGGUCUUAUAAGAGCUGCCAUCAUACGGCAUUGUGGCCGUGGUUUAAUAUUUUUUCAAUAAUUCUUUCAUCAGGAUAUGGGAAUGUGAUUUUCCAAAAGCUGGAUUAUCUUGUAAGGUGACAUUGCCAUAUAAUGCAUUGCUGUUGGGAUAAGAUUACAAGUGGCCCAGGAUUGGUAAGAAACUAAACUCUACCCUGAUGCAGUUUUAAAGUAAGGAUCAAGCUUGGGCAGGCCAAAGUAUACCACUGUCGAUACGAAACUGAAUACCAUACCUUAUUAAGAAAACCUCAUUCUAACCACACUUUUGAGUAAAAAAUAUUUUUUUUUCCUGCCUUCAUUAUUUUAUUUUAUUUGAUACUUGUAUUGAUAUCAUGAAAAGGGGGUGGGAGUGAAUAAGUUGUAUUCUUAUUGCACAAUGUAAUAUUUGAAAAGAACUACGUCUAGUUUUAUGCAUCUGUAAUUCUGUUCUUUUUGAUAAAUUAUGCAUCUGUAAUUCUUUUAAGCAGGAUUCUUACAAUAAAUCAUCCUUUGUGACCAUUUCAUUAAUUUUCA